AUGUCUUUGAAAGAACAAUUCGAUCAAGUAAAUCAAUUACUUGAUCAAGUUAAUACACUUAUUAAUAGUGCAAGUCAAGCAGAUGUUGCUAAAGCUUCAACUAUAUACUCUCUAACAUCCCUUAUUAUUACUACCUGCUACCUCUGCUACCUAACUCUUACUCUAUUAGUAAAAUCAAUCUUACCAUUGUACAAGACUAUUACAAGUAAUGAAGAUAGUAGAUUACCUGAAAACUAUGACCAGUUGAGAGAGAUUAAAGUUAAACUUACUGAACAUACAAACAGAAUCAUUCAAAUUAGAGAUGAAUCUAAAAAGCUUCAAGAACAAAAUGAAUCAACCCAAUAUCUUCAACAGCAACAACAACAACAACAGAAAUCAAAUGAAUUAAUCAAACCAAGUCCACUACAAGGAUAUUUAAAAAAGUUGGGUGAAAAGGGUAUUGUAAAGUCUUACAAAAAGAGAUGGUUUGCUCAAAAGGACACAAAGUUGUACUACUAUGAAAAAGAGGGAGAUCAAAACUCUUUUGGUUUCAUUAAUCUUCCAGACAUGUUGAGUGUAAAGACUGUUGACUCUGGUUUUGAACUUGCAACACCCGGUAGAACCUACAACCUUCAAGUAUUAAAUUCUUCAGACUUGACCUAUUGGAUUGAAGGUCUCAAUGAAUAUAAAAAAUACUAUGUAGCCCUACAAAGAUCUCUUAAAAACCCUUCUUCUUCCUCAUCCUCCUCCUCCUCCUCCUCCUCUCUUUCACAAUCCACAAUAACACCAACUAAAAAUAUUAAUAAUAAUAAUAAUAAUAUUUCAAAUCAAAGUAUGGCUAGAAGUCUUGAUCCAUCACAACUAUCAUUUGAUGAAUCAAAUCAUCACUUAAAGGAUAAUAAUUAUCCACCUCGUCGCUCGAUGGCCAUUGAUUCAUCUUCUCCCAACAGUAGUCCUUCAUUGUCAAAAACCUAUUCACCUUCCUCCUCUACAACAACUUUGCAAUCCAACACCACCCCAUCACAAUCAUCCAAUAAUGGUACAGUUGUUGUUGAUGAUGGAUUGAAGGCUCGUGAAGAGGAACUACGUAGAAAACAUGCCGAAGAGCAACAAAAGAAAAAACAACAACAACUAGAACAAGAAGAAAGAGAACGAAAGAAAAAGGAGUUGGAAAGACAAGAGGAACUCUUGAAGCUACAAGAGGCUGAAAGAGUAAAGUUGCAAAAAGAAGAAGAUGAAAAAAGAUUGAUCAAAGAAAAACAAGAAGAAGAGGAAAAACUUAAAAAGGAUCAAGAACUUCAAAACCAACUUUUUGAAUUACAACGAAAACAAAAACAAGAAGAAGAAGAAAGAAAUUCACCAAUCUUACAAUCACCACAACUUUCACCUACCCUUCAACCACAGCAACAACAACAACAACAACAAGAAACUAUAUUGGUUGGACAAUCUUCUCCUUCCUUGUCUUCUACCAAAGUAGAAAACAACGAUAUCAACGACGAUAAUAAUAAUAAUAAUAAUAAUAAUAAUAAUAAUAAUAAUAAUAAUAAUAAUAAUAAUAAUAAUAAUAAUAAUAAUAAUAUCAAUGAAAGUAAUAAUAAUUCCAAUAAUAAUUCAUUUGAUUCAACAAAAUAUGUUCAAUAUACAAUUGAAGAGGAUCAACUUCGAAAGAGAUAUAUUGAAGAUGAAAUGAGAAAGAAAAUGUUGGAACAACAAGAUCAAAUGUUGGAUAUUGAAAGACAAAGAAGAGAAGCAUUGGACAAUGAAGUUAAAAAACUUAAACAAACCAUUGAAGAACUAAAGUCCAACAAUUCAAACGGUAAUGUUCGUCUCGAACUCCAAUUACGUGAUGGUGAAAUCGAUCGAUUAAAGAAUGAAGUAUCCAUGAUGCAUCAUAGUAUUACAACUUUGGAAUCUGAAAAGAAACACUUGGAAAACAAAGAAUCCUUCCCAAAAGAAUUCAAAUGGGCACACGAAAUUGCAUCAAGAGAUAAAAAGUGCUUGGAUCUUCAAAGUAGAAUCACAGAGUUGGAUGAAUCAUUGAAAUUGAAAGAAAACUCGGUUCAUGUCAUCAAAAGAGAGAAUGAAAUACUCCGCGAGGAAACUGAAAAGAAGGAUAGAUAUAUUACCGAAUUAAUUGAAAGAAAUAAGAGUAAUCAAUCAACACAAAAAAAUGUAUCUUCAUCUUCAAAUGUAGAUAUAAAUAAAUUAAAAGAAUCCUUGUAUGCUCAUCAGACACAAAAUAGUUUCUUGAUAUCCGAGAGAUUGGAAUCUGAAAAUAUGUUAAAGAUUGAAAUCAAGGAAGAAACAAUCAAACAAUUACAACUACAGCUUGCCGAAGGUAUAUUAAACUUUGAACAACUCCGAGAUGGAUUGUUUGAAUCAAACAGCUCUGUCGACUAUUGCAAGAAAUUGGAAAGCGAAAACCAUCACAUCAAAAAAGAAUACUUUUUAGCAUUGGCAGUCUCUAUCAAAUUGCACAGAAGUUUGGCUGGUGUAAACAGUAACGUUGAUGUAGUAUCGCUCUAUGAGAACGCAAUACAAAAAUCUGUUCCAGUAAAUAAUUGGGCAGAAUGGAUUUCAAAUCAAAUAUCAAAAUUAUAA